GAACCAAAGUAAGAUAUUCCUGAAAGCUGAUAAAUCAUCUCUCUAUAUUAUAGUAUCAUGUCUUCUCAACCAUUUACGAACAAAGUUAUCGCUCUCACAGGUUCAGCUUCGGGCAUCGGCCUAGAAACAGCAAAGUUACUUGCAAGUCGUGGAGCGAGGUUGUCACUUGCAGAUAUCCAAGAAGACAAAUUGAAGGAACUUCAAGUGCAGCUCGAAUCAGAGUACCACGUAGACGUGUUGAUCACUAAGGUCGAUGUAAGGAAGUUUGAAGAGGUGGAAGUAUGGAUUAACAAGACUAUAGACAACUUCGGAAAGCUAGAUGGCUCAGCCAAUCUGGCUGGUGUCGCUCCGAGCUCUAUUGGAUUGAAAGGCAUCGUCGAACAAGAUUUGGACGAGUGGGAAUUUGUCUUGGGAGUCAAUUUGACCGGGACAAUGAAUUGUUUAAAGGCUCAGCUGAAAGUAAUGGCUCAAAACGGCUCGAUUGUGAACGCUUCCUCUAUUCGGGGAUUGACCGGGGCAGCAAAUAAUGCCUCAUAUUCUUCAGCUAAGCAUGGGAUCCUUGGGCUCACAAGAACGGCAGCUAAGGAAGUAGGUGGGAAAGGAAUUAGAGUGAAUGCCAUCUGUCCGGGCCGCAUUUCUACACCAAUGCUCAAGACUGCGGAAAACUCGAUUGGUCUUCACUUGCAGCCUGGAAGUGCCAAUUACCCACCAAUUGCACUCGGGAGAGACGGGGAAGCCAAGGAAGUUGCUCAGGCGAUCGCAUUUCUAUUGAGUGAUGAGUCGAUGUAUAUCUCAGGAUCUGACAUUACCAUUGAUGGGGGAUGGAAAUGUUAGACGAAGUGAAUAACAGAGCCAGUUCUGUGCUCUGCCUCGGGAUGUUCAUGAGGAAGACCACUUUGUGAUCUAGAAUCUUACUUUCGAAAUCUACACUCUUUUUGUUGAUACGAGAAGGAUACGGAAGACGUAGCACCCACGAAUUGCGUAGGUCCUGUAUGUCUAAUUGUAUUCUGUCUAAAGAGCUAGCUAUAUGUAUUGAAAGUAGUAAGUCUUAUAUAGACUUAUUAAAAGAGCUAGUCUCUUUUGCAUUUGUUUAGAGCUUUACUACAGUAGCUGUAUUACAGUGGUAAUUGAAUUGAAAUCAUUCACUUCAUUCACACACUGAGGAUUCCUUUUUAUAAUCUCCAAUUCAUAUAUAAAUGAAAAAUAAUA